AUGCUAAAGGCACGUGCAGUGGGGGACUUGUUGGCACAGGCAACAUAUGGAGGUGUAGAGUCAACAAUGCUUCUCAGCACAGAUGGAUCAUUGCUAUCGUUUCAAGGAGAAAGUAUAUUGAGAGCUAAAACGAUUGCUGCUGUUGUAAGCAAUAUCUGGUUUGCGUAUGACAGACAUGCACAGUUGUCUCCGCCAACGCUGCAUGCAAACAGCCAUAAUGAGCUCAGUACUUUUCAAGACACUGGUGCUUUGCGGCCAGUGUCUGCAGAGACUCCAGUGGCAUUGGAUAGUCAUGAGAGUGGGCAGCAAGAACUGAUUAUUGAAUGCGAGGAAGGCCUGAUUGUGAUUCAUGCUGUUAGGCAGAAAGUACUACUCUGUUGUGUCUGUGCGCUAUCUUGCGAUCUGGGAUGUGUCAAAUCAAAAAUGCGAGCAAUAUUGAAGCCCCUCAAAGCAGCAUUUUCACAUUUCUCCGUCUAAAGUCUCAUGCAAACCCUCUUUGGAAUGCCAAUUUGUUCUAAUCUUAUC